CAAACGAAGCCGGACACUCUAGGAAUUAUUGGCUUCACUUUCUUGUUCUGCAGGCAGGACUGAUCGCUUUACACGAAUUUCCUCAAGUCACAAGACAGACCCUUCCUUGCUUGAGGGGCUCCGGAAUGCAACGGGAGUAACCAAACAGCACCUCACGGGUUUCCAUCCAGGCAUGGAUAACGCGCGACCUAGACUUCAAUGGGCAUCAAGCCGUUGCACCACACGACCAGAUGUCGCCUACUCACUUUUUUUGGAAUUUUCAAGGUUCACUUACCAGUCCUCUAUGGCGAACCUGUGGAAAAUGCGCUCGGACGUCUCCUGGCAGAGUUCAUCUCACGUUCUGGAGACGUUUCGGUCCUGGAUUGGGUUGGGGAGGCAUCAUCAUUCAACAGUUGUUUCUCUGCUAACCUCGUGCCAUACCAGGCGGUACCCUACCUCCAUCUGGUCUCCAACGACUCUGCCAGACGCGAUGACCUGGAUCUUGAAAAGGCACAGAAAUUGUACAGUAACUUUGCAAGAUCACCACGGACUGGAUUUGUCAGCAGCAAGGUUGUGUUGCCCUCCACCGCGCAUCCACUGCAGCCACAGCAGUCAGAUUGCAAGGGUCCUCGACUAGUCCCUCAUGCUACACAUACGAAAUUCAUGCAUCGCGCCUUCUGCCCCUCGAGGCCACACUGUCGGUCAACCUUAACGAGGGUGUCGAUGGAUACAUUCUUGUUCGUCCUUGGCACCCACGAGCGCUCCAAACGCCGACCGGUAGCGAUGACGAUGCUGUAUGGGAGCUACUGGAACAGCUGAAGCAGCCAUUCAACACACUUCUACUCAAAAAGUUGCCUCACAAUGAGUACAUGAGACUUGCGGGCGAUUGUAUGAUUACGGCCUGUCCCCAGGAUCUGAGCAGUAUCUUAGAUACUGAAGUGCUGAUACGUAAGAUUGUGUAGGUCGUACUCGUGAUGGAAGGCUUUCUCACUGAAAGUAACCCGCGUCACCGAGCGCCACUUCAUGUUUUGUCCUAGCAUGCGUGUUCCCAUUUUAUACCUGUGCACGGAGGGUGUUGUACAUAGGUACUACGGGCAUGCAAAGUCGGA